AUGUCUUUGAACUGUCAUCAACGGAACGUUUCAGUGGCGGAACAGGUAGGACAAUAUUAUUCAUACCAAAAGAGCUCUCACUGUUUAUAUUGUUUAAAAUAAAUAAAAUGAAUCAUAUUCGUAGCUGAUCGGAGCAGAAGAAUCACGGAGCGAAAGUCCGCAGAAUCCCGUCUAUUCUAGUCCCAACACCGUGGAGCUCGGGGUCUCCAGCCUGAGGGGUGAGGUCAUGUUCUCCAACUUCAGCGAUUGUUCAUCGUACUACGGUCUUCCGAACUCGAGAAACGAGAAUGAGACGAGGUGAGGCAUUGUUUUUGAAUUUUUAUUAUGAGGUUUAGGUACAUGUUCAAGAAUCCGUACUUGCGAGCGAACGUAAGAGUUGUGGUGGGAUCUAUCAUAUUAACCAUAGUUGGCUUUGCUCUGAUCGCAUUUGGCAGCGUGGUUACCUUCGUUCCAAACGAGAUGGGUGAGUCAUUUGUGUCAGAAACUGUUAGCAAGACUAAUGGCAAUGACAGACUGUAAACAGUAGCUAAAUUAACGGGAAAAUUGAAAGUUUAUUACCUAAAAAAAUAAAAAUUGAAGGCAACAAAUUUAAAAUAGCUUUUGUUGGAAAAUUGAAUUAAACUGAUAUUCUAUGGUAAAGUACGGCUAAUCAAGCACAAAAAUAUUAGAAAUUACCUGUUAUACAAGCUAUAGUGAGGUACUUCUAGAUGUCCAUGGGUGGAUAUUCUUCGUGGUUGGAAUGUUGUUCUUCAUCCCCGGGUUCUACCAUAUUGUAUAUAUAAUAUGCACGUUAUGUGGACGGGAAGGCUAUGCUUUUGACAACCUACCCACGUUCACAAAGCCCUUGACCACAUGA